AUGGGGCGGACAGUAAUUGCAUUCGACCUCUACGGUACUAUUCUCUCCACCGGAUCGAUAGCAGGAGAGCUGGCAGAACUAUACGGGCAAGAUAACGCUCAGUCAAUUGCCGCUCUAGCAAGGCGAUAUCAGCUUGAGUCAACAUGGCGCGUGACCAGCAUGGGCACUUAUCGCACAUUUAGUGACUUGACGAGAUGGUCGUUUCGGCAAGCUACGAAAGAGAUUGGUGUUGAGCUCACUCCGGAGCAGGAAGAGCGUAUCAUGGAUGCAUAUAACGGCCUCGACACAUUCCCAGAUGUGGAUAGAGCACUUGAAAAACUGGCAGAACAUGCAUCUAUCGAUCCAUACAUCUUCUCAAACGGAACCAAGGCCAUGAUGACAUCGUCACUCGAUACAUGCCCAACUUUGUCAAGAGUGAGCAACAUAUUUCCCCAUGAGAAAGUUGUCAGUAUCGAUCCUCUCAAAGUGUUCAAGCCGCAUCCUCGUACGUAUGAGUUCAUGGCUGAGACAGCGGGGAUGAAGUCUCAGCUUGAUAGGGUAUGGUUGGUAAGCUCAAACCCAUUCGACAUCACUGGUGCUGUAUCUUUUGGAUUCAAGAGUGCAUGGAUCGACCGUGAAGGCAAGGGCUGGACUGAUACACUGGGAUGUUCACUGGGGCUUCAGCCAACAGUGAUAGCAUCUGGCGUGGAUGAAGCGGUGCAGGUAAUCUUGCGUCAGUCGCAGGAACUUGAGUAG